UUCCACACAACAUAGCCAUCUUGUCAAGAGUGACUGAGGGAGGUAACUGUAGGCGCUGUUUAGAUAAUCAUUUGUUUUAAGCUUGAGAAUUCGGAUACUUUCUUCCUCGGCCGCUGUUAUCUUCAAGGUGAGCGCCGCUGUAAGAGGACGGUUAGCCGCUGAAGAGGGAGAGCGACGCGGUCUGCGCUGCUUUCAAGAAGAUGUCUCACAUACUUGUUCCGACGUAGGGGGAGUGUGCAGCAGCCAGUUUGCCUUGAACUGUUAGCUAGCUCAAUGAGUGGAGGGCUGCGGGCCCUCCUCAGCCUAAAGUAGCUCCCGCAGCUGGGCAACACACUCUGCGACAGGGGCCGCUCGACAACUGGACAGCCGGGACAUUAGCAGGCCGGUCCGGACCGAUCCCCCGCGCGGGCUGCUGCUUUCACAGUUUGAAGCCGUUCUGCUGGACGAGACGACACCGAGAGUGGCGUAACGUUAUGAGCUGGUGAAACGCAACAGGAGACCGAGAGAGGAAGAACGCGGUUAGGCUGAACAAAAAAAAAAAAAAAAAACCUCUGCUUUUUAGUAUGAUCUGAGCUCUUUUUUUAAAGCGGCGACCAGCACGUCCGUUUUUUCACGGAGGAUAAACAUAGCCAUACGGGACUUGGAAACAGGCAGCCAAUAUGUCGAAAAUGCCGGCCAAGAAAAAGAGCUGCUUUCAGAUCACCAGUGUGACUCAGGCCCAGGUGGCGGUUAUAGGUACCGCCGACGACACGGAGAGCCUGGACGACCCGGACGAGUCUCGGACUGAGGACGUGUCCUCGGAAAUCUACGACAUGUCCCGGGCUGAGUACGAGCCCGCGUGUGACAGGAGUUCAUCUGAAGAGGCCUUGAAUAACGUCGGGGAUCCGGAGGUGGUGAGUGCGAUGGCGCCGGCGAACGCACCUCUGGCUGGUCAGUUGUCCGGCCUGUCAAGCAAUCCCGUCGGGGACUUUCGAAAAGUGGGAGUGUCGGGCUCGGCUCAGCAGCCCACGGGCAGUGGCGUGACACCCGGUUUACCCCUGAUCCCUCAGCCCGGAGCGAUGCAGCAACAAUCCACCCCCGCGGCCGGUGUGUCAGUGAAUGCAUCCCGACCGGCUACGGUGACCAGUGCGGCCCCCCCUCCUGCCACCUCCACAGUGAGCUCCACUUCACGGUUCAGGGUAAUUAAACUCGAUCAUGGUACUGGAGAAUCUUUUCGAAGGGGCAGAUGGACGUGUACAGAGUUUUAUGAGAAAGACUCUGAGGGGUCUGCUGUCAGCAGGACUGUAGACAGCAUAAGGCAUGCUGGUGGAAUGCUGGAUGCUGCUGGAGAGAGAGACAGUGGGAUUGGGCUUACUGGAGGAUCUGUGGCUGCUCCCUCGGCCCUCUCGGGUCAGGGUUUGGGCUCCACAGUGGAUCCUUCUGUAUCUUCAACUCGAAUGCAUUCAGUGGAGACUCCACCGCAGCAACAGCAAAUCCAUCAUCAGAACUACAGCGCUCGGCAGCAAGGGGUGAGUGGCUCCGUCACACACAGUCCUUUCUCCAACAUCAAGCCUCCGGCCGUCCCAGCUCAGACACACGUGGGAAGUCUUCAGGCUCCUGCUACACAGAAUGUGUUGCCUGUUGGUCAGAAUGGCCUGCCUCAAUCUAAUGUCCACACACAGAAGUCUCCAAUCGUACCUCCCUCAGCCCAGUCUAUUGUUUAUCCUCCACAGCAGCAGCCACAGGUUCCUGGGAGCCACCACCUGACCAGUCAAUCAUCUGGCUUGAAGCAGAACCAGACCGAGUACUAUCAGCAGCAACAGUCUACUUCCAUGCCGCCAGGGCAUGCAGCCGGCCAGGCCCUCCCUGUGUCCAGCCUCCCUGCAGUCCCACAGCCUGUGGGACAAGGACCCACCUCCAUCAUGCCUCUGCCCUCUGGAGGGGCUUCUAUGCCAAGCCAGAUUGGAGAUGUUGCAUUAGGAGUGGGAGCAUCCGGUAGUAAACCAGCUCCAUCCAUCUUGCAGCAGCAGGCUGCAGGCAUGGGAGGCGCUGGAGGCUCCAUGCUCGUCGGUGGAUCCGCUCUGCAGCAGCCGACUGCGAGUCCAUAUGCCACCACGGGACAGCCUCAACCCCACGGCCACCCUACGUCCUCUGGUGUACAAAAUGUGCCUGCCUUCACAGUGAGCUCCAGUGUCCCCGCCACUGUGCCCACUGCUGUGCCCAGUGCCUCCAGUGCAGCCAUGCCAAAUGUGACAACCUCCAGUUUGCCUCAAGGUCAGAUACCCCACAGCAAGCCCCCCGUGGCUCUGGGGAUGCAGGGGCUCCCCGUGGCUGGAUUUGGACUGAUGGAAGGUGUUGGUGGAAGGAAGUCAGAGGGACUCAUCAGUGCGCAGUCGUCUGUUGCCUCUGGGAAGGAACCAGUGAAGCCCCUGAUGCCUGAGAGCCUGCAGCUCACUACUCCCACUGUCAACAGCCUAUUUGGUAUCCACAUACCUGUCGACGGGGAGGACGACAGUGCCUCUGGAACCAAUGUUGUUGCCAUUGAUAAUAAAAUUGAACAGGCAAUGGACCUGGUGAAAAGCCAUCUGAUGUAUGCAGUGCGCGAAGAGGUGGAGGUGUUAAAGGAGCAGAUCAAGGAGCUGCUGGAGAAGAACUCUGUGCUGGAGAAGGAGAACGCCGUGUUGAAAUCCCUGGCCAACAGCGAGCAGCUGUCUCAGCUGUCCACCCAGUCAGGCGGCAGCUCCGGCGCCACGCCUCCGCAGCAGCAAGGACUCAGCCAGCAGCAACAGCCCCCGCCGCCGCAACCACACCCUCAGCUCCAGCUCCACCCCAAACCCCCGCAGCCCCAGACUCAGCCGCAGCUCGACCCCGGCCAGCAGCAACAACCGCAGCCUAACGUCACCUCCGCCUGAGGCGCGUCUGCCCGACAGCUCGCCCGGCGGCGGAGGAGGAGCGCCCAGCAUCUUCUCUACAGUUUAUUAAAAUUAGUGUAUGUGGAAUUAAAAAGAAGAAAAAAAAACUUGUCUUCUUUGCCACCAGCUUGACCACAAAGUACAGUGCUUGUUUGUAUGUAUGUGAGUGUGUGUAUGUCAGGGUGUGUUUGCAAGCAAGACUGAAUCGGUGUUUGAGUGGAAGAGUGUGUGUGUGUGUGUGUCUGUACUGUGGGCCUUUCCAGUGUUAAUGCAAUCAUCAAGAGAGGAGAGACUCAAAAACAAAGCGAGCGAGUGUGUGUGUGUGUGUGGGGAGACGGAGCGUCAGGGAAGCAUGGGUUGGUUGCAGGGUGUGAGUGAGAGUGUGUGUGUGUGUGUCCCCCUCCCCGCCCCUAUCUUGGCUGUGACAUGUGGACUGCUGGAUCUGAGCUUUGUGGAGGAGGCGUCUUUUUCUGGGACCUGGCUGAAGCUGGCAGACCAGGGAGGAAGAGGAGGGAGGAGGGCGUUCAGCUCGCGUGAGGGCGAGACGCAGGAGUGAUUGUCAAAAAGAGUGAUUAUUUUUUUAAAACGAGAUAACCGAGUGGGUAAAAGGGUAUUUUUGGCCUUGCUGUUUCACGUUGCAGAAUCAGAUGUGAGAGGAUGAGGAUGAGCGAGUGUUUUUCCGGAGCGCCACACUGCUGCCGUUACUUUUCACAUCCAGUCCGACCUUCUUCUUUUUUUUGCAUCCAGUCUCUUUUGAGUUCGACUGUCAAGUGUUUUAUUUAUUACAGGGCUGCUAUUUUCACAGAUGAACUAUUUCCCGGAAGCUGUAGCCCGUCGACUUGUCUCCCUUUCUUUUGCAGUGUUUCAGCAGAUUGACCACACUUUGCAAGGCAAUGCUUCAUAUUUGUUAAAUGUAGGCAAUGAAAAAAAAAAGAAUCCUGACAAAUGUUUAACACUAAAGAAAAAAAAAAAAACUCAGAUUUUAC